CGCUAGCUGAAAACCUUGAACCAACUCAAAUCCCAAUGUCAAUUGCGCGCGCACGUUCACCAAAUGCAAAUGCACAGUUUAAGCACUGAUACGAAGAUCCAUCUAGCCUUCUCGCGUUCCCGGAAAUGAGCGCGGGUGUUCGCUUACUGCUAUGGUCGCAACAAGCAGCCUUGUGGCCGAGGUCUCCGUGGCACACAUUGUUGACGUGCCCUAUCUUCGACAUGCGGAUGCUUGUAUACUUUCCAAGACGAAAUUGCCAAGCCAAGACUCUCUGGUCCAAUGCAAUGCUUUCGUCGCUGCAUCAGUGUCACCUUCAAGUUGAGACUCGCGGGAUACAUGCUUCGGGACGGGCCGGCAACCUGACGGCAGCGGAUGCUCCUCACUCAUGCCACACGUGCGUUCGAAGUCGGAAGGGCACCGUAUCUACUCAGGAAGGAUAGGCUUCGGUGACUCUCCUGAGGAUUGGCCACUUAUCACUUGGCGGCAAAAGCAUCUUCUAGAUGUUCGGCCGGGCCCACUGGCCACAGUAGGAUG